CACCCAUUUCCUACACAACUUCACCACACCAUCAUCAUCAUCUUCCAGCAUCAUCAUCCAUCAUCCCCUUCACCAACUCACACACUCUCUCUCUCUCAGCUGGACAACAAGGAGAAAAACACAACAACAACUUCAUGGUUGUGUGUUAAGGAAGAAGGAGAAAGAGCAAGAAAACCAUCCAUAGUUUCCAAAUCAUGAGUUCCAAACGCAGCAUCAACUUCUACGAACAUCCAGAAGGUAUCAUAGAGAAGGUUCGGAGUUGGAAUAUUGAAGUCAAUGAGUUAAUCGUCGAAAUCGUUGUUCAUCGACAUAUCCGAAAUCCUGGACAGCAACUAUCCUUUGACUUCAGGUCCAAUUUACGCUAUCUUACAUAUGUUAACUCGAAAUACUUUCUAUACCAAAGUUAUAGCCUUACAUCUUAGGAAUCCACAGAAUCAAACGGUUUGCAAUUCCGUGAACAAAUGUUGGAGAUAUGCCCAAAAUACGGCAGGCUGUCCAAUUGUGACGGAAAUGACAAAGUUGGCAAAUUUCGAUGUUGUUUCCACUCCCGCUCAUCCGUAAGGUUUCGGCCGAUGAUUUCCAGGUCUAUACCUUUGCGUUAGACUUGUCGAAUCAUUCAUCACAUACAUACAUGAACAUAUAUGUUAUUCCAUAUGUUAAAACCAUUCCAAAAUAUAUAUGUGAUACAUAUAUAAGUUAUCUAUAUAUUGAGAUCAAAAUACACCAAAUCCAUAAAGUUAAUAUACACAUAAGUAAAUAUAAACUUUGGAAAUCAACCCAACAAUAUGUAUAUGUUAAUCAAAGGUGCUUAAAAGACUUAAAGAAGUAUUUUGACACUCAAAAUAUCAAGAGAAAGAUUCGCAGACCCAAACGGUCAACGCAAACGGUUGACCGUCGCGUUAAACAUCGAAAUGGACCCUGGCUGUCAGACAAACGGUCGACCGCCGGUGGCAAACGGUCGACCGUCGCCCGCCCAGACGAGAACCGCCGUCGCCACCCAGUCAACAACGGUCAACCGCCGUUCAACCGCGGUCGACCGUCACGGUGAUCUACCAGCCCGAUACGAUGAAGAUCAAGGUCGACCGUCGCGCCAAAUGGUCGACCGUUCCGAGCCUCGUAGCUUAAUUAAAUGAUAUUUUUAUCAGAUUUCACCCAAAUAAAAUAAACGUGAUGUGCGGGACUUAGCAGUCCAACAUCACCCGUUUCGGGCUUAGUGUACGUACAUGGUAUUCAGGCUUUCGAGUACCACCCCUAUCUUUCUAGUCUCACCUCAUUCGUGAGACUAAGGCCGCGUGAGUUCGUCGUACAAAAUGGGUGAAUCUCAUAGCGCAAGGGUGUCCUUGCUCGUUAGAAUCAUGCAUCAUGUUAUCAUCAUCAAGUACAUUGAUUACAUAGGUGUCAUGUAAUCAUCAUCAAGAACAAUCAAAUUGAUUAAAUGUGAAAUCAUGUUAUCAUCAUCAAGUACAUUGAUUACAUAGGUGUCAUUUAAUCAUCAUCAAAAACAAUUAUAUUGAUUACAUAGGUGUCAUGUAAUCAUCAUCAAGAAUAAUUAUAUUGAUUAAAUAUGCCAUCAGGUAAUUAUCAUUAAAUAUUUAUCAUCAUGAUUCAUCAAAUUGACCAUAUGAUAAUAUGUGUCAUAUCAUGAAUGUUACUAUACAUUUUGUGGACGUAUAUAUAUGUAUAUGUAUAUGUCUGAGAAUCAUUCUACAAUUUUAGUGUGGUACCACUCAGCGGUUUCACUGAGCGUGUAGUUUGUAUUUUUCGUUGACUACACGUAGGUAACAAGAAGACAAUGAUGGAACCACUCCCGGAGGGCAUUGAGUCAGAGGAGAUGCAAGGUUGGCAGGCAAAUGUUGAUCAUCAGAUUUUUAAAUGUGUCAUGAUUUGAUUAUUAUUGUACUUCCGCAUUACUCUGAAAAUAUUUUUUAAAUGGGUCGCGAUCCAGAGUCUGUAAAUU